AAUGAUAAAAUCCAGAUUUUUUUUUUCAUACUAAGCAAAAGGAGUAUUUAAGAGAAAAAAUCAAAAUUUUAGAAGAGAAGAUUUUGUGGUUAAAGUAUAAAAUGAAGAUGUUCAUUCAAAAAGAUUGGCUUCAGCAUUAAAUUUUGAUGAAAAUUAGAGUGAUCAAAAUUCGAUUUAAACAUAAUCUAAUUUUUCUUUUAGACAAUCUAACUUAUAAAGGUUAGAUUUAUCUGAUUUAUAUCGAGUUGAUUUUGAUAAUAAUGAUAAAAUCCUUAUAGUUCCUACUUUAAUUGAACCCUUAGAAGAAAUAGUCAAAAACCCAGGAAUUUAUCCAAUAUCUGAAUUCAAAAAUCACCACAAUUAUAAUUACUUAAAAGAAAUAUAGAGAGAGGCUUAAAUGAAUAAGUUUGAUACUUAUCUACCACCUUCUAAAGAUGUAACCCUUUAAUAAUUUGCCAAAACUCUAAACUUAAAAUAUUGGUAAUUCCUAUUUUUAUUUUAGUGUUUCCACAAGUACAUUUUCUAAUGUACUCAGUUAAGUUUUUUAUUUAUUAAGUGGUUUUAAUGGCCCUGAUUUUAGCAGUGUUUUUGAAUCUUUCCCUGAUGAACCAAGAAAAUUUAUGAUUUCAUAAAGAAAACCAACAUCAGCAUUAUUACAUAGAGUUGAUGAAAAUAUGUAUGCUUUAGAUGGUGAUCCUGGAAUCUUUGAAGAAGAAAUUAUUGAACUCUUAAUGAGUGGUAAAAUUGUGGAGAGACAAUUAACUUAAGAAAAAGAUGAAUUUGAAAAUAGAUAAAUAAAAUUAGAUUCUUAAAUGCCAGUUAUAGAAGACUUUCAUAGAUUUAUGGAAUUAAAUAAUGAAAUGUGUUUAAGAUCUUAAAUUGAUUGCAGGAAUAGAUCUGAUAAUCCUUUUGUUUUUGAAAUUAAAGCUAGAGGUGCAUGUCCAAUUAGAUAUGAUUAUCCUAACUAUAGAGAUUAUUUAGAUUAUGAAAUCAAUUAAUAUAAAGGAUUAUUUUAAUCUUUUGAAAGAGAAUAUUAUGAUUUAAUUAGAGGAGCUUUCUUAAAAUGGGCGAUCUAAUUAAAAAUUGGUAGAAUGGAUGGAGCUUUUGUAGCAUAUCAUAAUCUACUUGAAAUACAAGGUUUUGAAUAUAUUAAAUCAUCUGAAAUAUAUAAAAGAGUCUUUGGAACUGAAGAAUUUAGUGAUCUAAGUUUAUUAGUUGGAUCAAGAAUUGCUACUAAAAUGUUUGAUGAAAUUAUUGCAGAUAUUAAUGAAGAUUUUGAAACUUUAAAAAUUGGUAUUUAUUCAUAAAGUUUUACUAAAAAAAUUAAUUUUAUUUGUAGAAAUCAUCAAAGAUAAAACAGAAUUUUAAAAAGUAUUUAAGUAAGAAAAUUUAAAAGAUGAAUAUGACUAUUAUACUAAGCAUCCUUUAAAAAAUAAAGUUCUCAAAUACGAAUUCUUGUUAAAACCUGAAUUCAAUGGAGUAGAAUAUACCUAUCCAACAAUAUUUAGAAAAAAUGAUUUAAUUUCUAUUCAAUAUAAAUUAAGAAGUUUGGGAUAAGCAGAUUUUGGAGACUAUAUGAAUUUUCUUCAUGAUUGUUAUAAACACGAAGAAAUUAAUAUAGAAAUUAACUAUUCUGGAGCAUGGUAAAAAUAAAUGUGA